GCAAGGGAGAAGAGUGAAACAGAGAAUGGUACGAAGAAAGAACCGCUCAGUUGUGAUGACGACAAUUCAGCGCCAAAACCAGUCUCAGCCGUAUUCGAAGAGAUUCAAAAGAAGGGAACCACUUCGUCAUUUUUGGCAGCAGAUAAGAAUCAAUAUGAGGAGGAGAGUGCGUCAACGUCGUCAUCGAAACUGAAGGAAUCAGCCGAUGAAGCAGAAACG